AUGGGAAGAACUCCAAAACUGUUCAGGUACAGAUUUCCGUGUGCCUGGUACAGAUUAGAGAGGGAUCCCAGCGACUUAAACAGUGACUUAAACUGGAAAUCUAACAGCCAAGCCUGGGCCAAGAAGCUGGACGAAGUAGUCAUGCUGGUGGACGAGGUUGACAAGCUCGUGGUUGUCGAACUGGUGCUUACUGUGGUUUGCGAUGUGCUGCUGCUAAGCGUAGCUGUAGAGGUGGCGCUGGUGCUUGUGACGGAAGUGGUCAAGCUCCCCGUGGAUGAGCUUGAUGUCAGUGUUGUAGUUGUUGAAACUGUCGUUGUGAAGCUUGUCGCGGUGCCUGUGACAGACGUAGUCGAUAUGGAGGAUGUCCUUGACGUCGAUGUGGCAGUGACAGAUGUUGAUGUGCUAGUGGCACUGGUGGUGCUUAUGCUGGACGAGCUUGUGCUGAUGGAGGUGAAGGUGACCGUCAUGGAUGAUGUCGUGCUUGCCGUUUCGGUCGUGCUGGUAGUCGUGGCCGAACUGGUCGUACUUGAAGUGGAUGAGGUCGUACUUACAGUUUCAGUUGUGCUCGUGGUCGUGGCUGAACUGGUCGUAGUGAAGGUUGAGGAAGACGUUGUUUUGGUUUCUGUGGUGGUUGUAUUCGUGGCCGAACUGGUCGUGCUAAGGGUCGAGGAAGUUGUGCUCUUGGUUUCUGUCGUGGUGGUACUUGAGGCCGAAGUGGUCGUGCUUGCUGUAGAAGUUGCUGUCGAGCUGGUGCUGGUAAGAGACGAGCUUGUGGAAGUUGUCGUCAAUGAAAACGUCGACGAAGUGCUGGAUGACGCAAGGGGCGUGGUGCUCGAUGAACUGAAAGUGCUGCUGGUCCUUGUCACAGCCAAGAUGCUGGAGGUGCUGGUCGUGCGAGUCUCUGACGUCGUCGUCGAGGAGCUGCUGGUGCUUGUACUGGAGCUGGACGUUGCAGUCGUGCUCGUGCUGGUGCUCGUUGUACUCGUCGUGCUUGAGGAUGUGGUGCUGGUGGAACUCAAUAUCUUGCUGAAUCUUCGGGAGUCCAGCUUCUAG